CUCUCCUGAGCUGGGCUGAGCAGAGACCUUUCCCAGGCAGCUCAGACUGAGUCCCACCUGGAGACUUCGUGCCAGCAUGGUCCUGCGAGGGCUGGCUCUGGCCUUUCUCCUGGUCCUUGCCCCUCUGCUGCUUGCACGGGGACAGAAUGACCUUGGUCCCAAGGACUCUGGUGGACCCAUGGAAGCAGAAACAUGUCAAAGGCCCUUGUGGGACCCAAGACUCCAGCUGUCACCAGACCAGGAGAAUUACAAGAAGAAUGAAGAAGUGGUACUAAGCUGCCCUGAGGGUUUCCAGCCAUCCUUCACCCAUGUCAGGUGUUUGGGACAAGACCAGCCCAUCAGCAACUGGAAUCCUGUAUACAGAGAGCUAUGGCAGGAAAGGGACAGCAGAGGUAGCUGGAUCAACAUUCAGACCAGCGUGGAGUGCAUUGAAAUUUGCCAAAAACCUCACUGGGACUCAAGGCUCCAGCUGGCACCAGAUAAGGAGAAUUACAAGAAGAAUGAAGAAGUGACGCUGAGCUGCCCCGAGGGAUUCCAGCCACCCUUCACCCUUGUCAAAUGUGGGGAGAAAGUCCAGUCUGUCAGUCGCGGGCAACCUGUAUACAGAGGCCCAUGGCUGGGGAAGGACAGCAGAGGUAGCUGGAUCUCCAUUCAAUCGGACGUGGAGUGCCUCGAGAAAUGCCAUAAGCCCCAGUGGGACCCCAGGUUUAUCUUUGAGCAAGACCAGGUGUUCUAUGAUGUCAAUGAAGAGGUGACGAUGAAGUGCCCCGAAGGAUACUGGUCUUCUACUACAGAGAUAAAAUGUAUGAAGCUGAACCCAAGACAAGGCUCCACGACUUCUCGCAGCAUCUGGUUGGUGAAGAAUGUCACAGGCCGCUGGCACCCUGUAGAGGGGAACAUGACCUGUGUGGAGGUCCUCCAGGUUGUCCCUGGGACCUUGGAGAUUUCCAGUACCAGCAUCAAACUGAACUGGACCUGCAGGCUCCGUGAUGCCUGCCAGAACAUGAGGGCUAUGUGCAGUUUGGCAGUGCCUUCCUCCCCUCCCUGUGAAGCUGAAGAGGUGAAGGGAGAGGAGAUACUACAGGGCCAGGCAGGAACAUUCACCUGUCCACCUCUGCAGCCCUUCACUGUCUACAUUGUCACCAUCUUACUGCCUCCCCGCACAAUCCUGUACACACGACACUUCACGACAAAGGAAACAGUGCCAGACAAACUGGAGAAGCUGUGGCUGGAUCCCAGCACAGGGUUCCUCAGAUGGAAGCCGCUGCCCUCCUGCAAAGGGGAGAUCAUUGGAUACCAGCUGAACAUCACAUCCUGGAGAGCACAUGAUGGCAGCUUCCUUGAGUUCACGCAGGUGCUGGUGAACCAGUCUGUCACUCAGUACGCACCGCCUCAUCAGGCACCUGGAAGCAAAUACAUGGUGACAGUGCAGGGCCUCACAGCAGCUGGUGCUGGGGCUGUGUCAGUCCUGGAAUUUCAAAGCUUCUUCUCAGUUGCAGGGGAGCCUCUGGGUCUAUGGCCAGGGAUGGCGGUCACAGUGGUGGUGGUGCUGUCGGUGUUGGUCCUCCUGUCUGCAGGGAUCCUGUGGGCUGUGUUGUCCAGGAAAAAGAAGACCUUGCCCAAGAAAGCUGAGGAAGACCAUUACACAGAGCUCCAGCCCUAUGAGAACCUCGAUAAUUACUGUGUGAUCAAGGAAACUCUGCUGGGAGACGAAGAUGCAGGUAAAGGUGGCCUGGCUGGAAAGCCUUUGCCCCAGCCCUUGCCUGUCCUGGAGUCCUCACGGGACAGUCAGAGGAAGGAGAAGAUGGAGCGGAUGUUCAAGGCUUAGUGCUGAUGGUGUUUCCAUAGACCCUUCUCAAGUCUUGGUCCCCCACCACUGGAAGUAAGACCUGAUAUAGCUUGUGCUGGAUUAUUGUGGUUCCCUCAACUUUUCUCCCUCAUCAUGCUCCAGCAUCCUCUGAUACAGAACAGGAGCAGUGCAAGGCCUUAUUCUGGUAGUCCUCCAGUGCUGUGGCAAAGCCAUCUCACCUGCAUCCUGGUGUCUGAAACUGUCCCAUGAGAUUGAAGCAGCUCUCUGGGUCUAAGCUCUACUUUUCGCAUCUCCAUGUGGAUGUAGAUGACCUGUGGUUGAAGUUGGCCCAACACUGCUGCCCUCGCAGCUGUUCUGUCGUAUCCAGACAACCAAUAAAUUGUUCUUGCUUGCAGGGGCUGCCUGCCCCAUGACAGCUCCCACCUGGUUCUUCCCUAUUUUGUGUGUGAAAGUCCUGUCUCUCUGAAUGAGGGACAUCGUCCCAUGAAAGAGGAGCCUGCACUAGGCUUUUCCAGCCCCCAGCAGCCCUGAGGAAACACAUCUGAGAAGCCAUGUGCUCCCAGCACAACACCUUGGGUUCCUACUUUGCCUCCUCCCCAUCCUACAGGUAGCAUGGUUUCAACUAGGCCUAGCUGGACCUCAGUGUCAGUCUGUGACCUCCUUCAUGGAUUUUGGUGCUUGUGUCCCAUUUUGUGAGAUGCAGUUGUCCCUGGCCCUGUUGGGAAAUGUCCAUUCUGCAGCCUUUAGGAUCUGCCCCAGUGCAGCCUCCAGUAGCCACUGCCUCUCCCGCACUGAGGGAUGUGGUGCCUGAUGCAGCCUGGAUGCUGAGGGACAGCCCAAAUGCUGUCCUUCUUGAGGAAUACACUGCUGUUAUAUGGAGCAAUUGACCACUCUCUUCUCCGGUUCUGUGUGUCACCUGGGACAUUUCACUUCCUUGUGUUGCCCUUGGGCACUCAGAUUCCUGAGUUCCAUGGGCUUGGAUAUGACAUGCUCCUUAUGGGAUGUGCUUUUUAUAAACCUGAACUCAGAUUCAUUGUCGUCUCUUGC